CUAGACACAGUAAGAAUUGUCUUUCUGAGCUUAGCUCCGUUCAUUGUAAAUGAAAGCCAAGCAUUGGUUUGAAACCACCUUCUGACCAUAACUAUUCUCAUUGACAAUUCUAGCCCAAAAAAGAGAGAGAGAGAGAGAGAGAGAGAGAGAGAAGAAUAAGGGAAAGCUGCCAUACUCAUAAUUUGGUUUAGAUAUUUCUUUGACUUUGAAUCUCUACCAUGCAAAUUAGAUGUGAGAUCGCCACGAUGGACCCAAGGCAGUAACCUCUACCCUGCAAAUUCGUGGAAAAACGGAAAACCCAGGAUGGUUAUAUGGGUGGAACCAGGAAUCAGAAUGAGAAUGAGAAGAAGCAGGAACCAUUUGUACUGAAAAAACAGCCAUCUCAAAACCAGCAGUUGGAUUCAGCACGUAGCAGCAACUCCUUGUCGAAUCAUGUGGCUGCUGGUUCUGCCGAAGAGAUACCAUCCAAGCCUCCCAAGAAGUUUGGUACAAAGGGUGAGGGAGCCAACUCAAGUUCUACACUCACAAAGUUGUCAAACCGACUCAACUUUUUGAAGGAGCGGCGAAACCAGAUUGCAAAUGAACUUCAAAACAUGCAUCCAAGUCAAGGUCGAUCAGAAAAAGGCAAAGGUUCUGAAAUUCAUCAAACUGCACAAAAUCCCGAAGAGAGAGGAACGGAAACUAGUCAAUCCAGCCACAACCCUGACAAAGGAGCAGGACUAGAAGCUCAAACACUUUCAAAUUCAGAAAUCUAGGAAAGUAGAGAACCACAACGCGGAUGGAGGCAGAAGAUUAGAAGACCAACAUACAAGAAUUCUGGACAGAGGAAGAUCUGAAGCCCAUGUAACACAUAACGCGGACAAACCUGCUGGAGGAGGAAGUCAGCCUCAGCCCCCUCCCCCUUCAAGGACUUAUUCCAAAUGAUAGCUAUUCAUAGAAUCUGACAGUGGAUCGUCUAUUGUGGCUGUACAGACAUACAAGAUCCA